UCUCUCUUACUUCUCUGCGCAACCUCCUAUCAAACAAUCCCGAUAUUACUCACUCUUGUCCAUCAGAAGCUUUCAGGGAGGCCAGAUGGUGAGCGUUGAUGAGAUCAGAAAGGCUCAAAGGGCUGAAGGUCCGGCCACCGUUAUGGCCAUAGGAACGGCCACCCCACCCAACUGUGUGGAUCAGAGUACCUACCCUGAUUACUACUUCAGAAUCACUAAGAGCGAGCACAAGACUGAGCUCAAAGAGAAAUUCAAGCGCAUGUGCGAAAAGUCAAUGAUCAAGAAGAGGUACAUGCACCUGACGGAGGAAAUCUUGAAGGAGAACCCAAACAUAUGCGAGUACAUGGCGCCUUCUUUGGAUGCCAGGCAGGACAUGGUGGUCGUGGAAGUCCCCAAGCUGGGCAAAGAGGCCGCCACCAGAGCCAUCAAGGAGUGGGGCCAGCCCAAGUCUAAGAUCACUCACCUCAUCUUCUGCACCACCAGCGGCGUCGACAUGCCCGGCGCCGACUACCAGCUCACCAAGCUCCUCGGCCUCCGCCCCUCCGUCAAGCGUUACAUGAUGUACCAGCAGGGUUGCUUCGCCGGAGGCACGGUCCUCCGUCUCGCCAAGGACCUGGCCGAAAACAACAAGGGAGCUCGCGUCCUCGUCGUCUGCUCCGAGAUCACCGCCGUCACCUUCCGCGGCCCCAGCGACACCCACCUGGACAGCCUUGUUGGGCAGGCCCUCUUCGGAGACGGUGCGGCAGCCGUCAUUGUCGGCUCUGACCCGCUCCCCGUGGAGAAGCCUCUGUUUGAACUGGUGUGGACGGCUCAGACCAUUUUGCCAGACAGUGAAGGAGCCAUUGACGGACAUCUGCGCGAGGUGGGGCUCACCUUCCAUCUUCUCAAGGACGUUCCGGGACUGAUCUCCAAGAACAUCGAGAAGGCCUUGGUGGAGGCUUUCCAGCCACUGGGGAUCUCUGACUACAACUCCAUCUUCUGGAUCGCUCACCCAGGUGGGCCCGCGAUUCUUGACCAGGUGGAGGCCAAGCUGAGCUUGAAGCCGGAGAAGAUGAGGGCGACGAGGCACGUGCUGAGUGAGUACGGGAACAUGUCGAGCGCGUGCGUGUUGUUCAUUCUGGACGAGAUGAGGAGGAAGUCCGCGGAAGAUGGGCUCAAGACUACUGGCGAGGGCCUUGACUGGGGAGUCUUGUUUGGGUUUGGGCCUGGGCUCACUGUUGAGACUGUUGUUCUUCGCAGUGUGGCAGCAUAAGAGCCUCCCAGUUUUAGGUCUUCCAUUUAUCUAUAUAUACGUGUUCCUUCCACUUGUUUCCUUAUGUUUCGAGAAAAAAAGUAUUCUUUGUUAGUUCCUUCAUAUAAGAGUGCUUUUCCAAAACUUCAUGUGGCACUUGUAAAUUGCAAUGUUAAAUUAACAAACAAUCAGAAUAACAUGUAGUUUUCUAUACCACUUACCAAGUCGCAAGGCCUGUUUUCCCAAA